GAAUUCCGCUUUCAUUUACACGCCCAAGCCCGACUGUCGCUGUCAGACUGGCUUGACGGACCCCAAGAGGAGCGCCGCAGAGCAACCCAUACGGAAGUCCACACCGCGACACCAUGGCCUACGUCGACUUCAACCUGAGCCGGCGCGACCUCCAUGUCCUCGAGAAAAUCAAGGACCCAGAGUCCGACCCGUCACUCUUGGUCCAAGUCGACCCCAGUCUUCCUAAGGAUCCGCACAUUUCGAACCCUCAGGAAUACCAGAACGUUUCCCAACAAGAACGUGAUAUCAUCUUGUCCAUCCAGCUGCUCGAGGCCCAGCAGGUCAAGCAGCAAUCGGACGGAACAACAGACGUCGACAUUGCUGAGGAGUACCGCAAAUGCGUCUCGAGGCUCGGGCAACUUAUCCAAAACCAUCCUCAGUACGCUAGUGCCCGUAACAACAGGGCACAGGCCUUGCGACGCUUAUACGGCGACGCAUUGCUCAUCCCCGAUGCGCCAAGGAAUCCACAAGCACUGCUCCAACAGUUCGACGAUUUCGAGCGGUUAGGCGCCGCGAAGACCGUGUUGAGCGACCUCGACCACGCCAUCUCGCUUCUCGCCCCCAAAGUGGCGUAUUCCAGACUGUCGCCGCAGGUCGCCAGGACCUUAUCCAAUGCCCAUACCCAGCGGGCCGCCAUCUACCUCAUGACCUCCAAGCUGCUGGGCUCUAAAGCGGUCUCCAUAGACGUUGAGAGGCCCGAAGCGAGCUGGUCCAAGCUCGACUUCGAGGAGCAGGCGUCCCGGGAUUUUGCCAUGGGAGGAAGAUACGGGAACGAGAUUGCCAAGGCCCUGGCAGUGAGCACGAACCCGACGGCGAAGCUCUGCGGGCAGAUGGUUAGGGAGGCGAUGAAGAAGGAGUACGGGCCGGGUUUGGCAUCAUGAUGGGCGUUUAAGACGGAAAGAGGGCCGAGAAAAGUGAUUUGCUGCUUGGGCUAAGGGAUGAAGGCGUUCAGGUCUGUUAUUUGAGGGUAUUGCAAUGUUCCGAGUAAAUGACGGAACACAUUGAUAUCCUAUGAGCUCUUUAAGAAUCUAAGGCGACUGUGCCAAGUAGUGUGAGCAAAGGUGUCUGGCGAUUGUGAGUACGGCACGGGAAGCC